CUCAAAUUCCCUGCAUCGGAUUUGUCAUUGGACCGUCUUCGCCCGGAUCUUCCUCCUCCUUCCUUCCCCUUCGUAACCCCUCCUCCUCCGCGUUCUGCUGGGUCGAAAAGCACCGCUUGACGAUGGCCGCAGUUACGGCGCAAUCCAAUUUCCUGGCGUCGGCAGCCGUCUUCGCAGGCGGUCUCGCCGUGGGCAUCGGUGGCGCUGUUGCCCUCUCCAGGGCCGCAUUCUCGCCCGCCACAAAAGUCCAGCGCUCGACGCGCAACAAGGUCAAGAAGGCUGUGUCGCUCCCUUCCGAGGCAGAAGCUCAGGAACAAGCCGACGACGACGACAUUCCAGCCUCAGAACAGCUCGAUGAUGUCGACGAAAAGGGAGCGGGACCACGUCCCGUCGACGGAAGCAAGGGCCCCGUCAAGCCUCUGAUCAAGUCGUCGGUCAAAAAGGCCGCCAAGUCGACUUCGCUCGUUGGUGGCACCGAUGUCCCAGAGCCUGCAGCCCAGAACCGCGCCAAGCAUGUCGACACGCGCAUGGACCUCACGGGUCCCGUGCCCGCCCACGGCGACAAUGUCGCAAACGACGAAUCGCUGAUCAAGCGCCCGCCCGUCUGGCUCACUGGUGUGCCAGAGCGAAACGUCCUGAGCACUUCGACGGGCGUCAUCGACAAGGUCACUUACCAGUCCAGCACGGCAGUCUUUGUCUACGAGAGCGCCACCAACGCAGGCUUCGGCGCGUGGUCCGAAAGGGAAGCCGCUGACGCCAAGCGCAGGGGCUUCGUCCAGGGCCGUCCUCGCGUCUUCAGCAUGCAGACGAGGACGGGCGCUGGCGCUGCCAUUGCUGGCUAUCUCUCGGAGAAGGGAACUUCCUCAGCAUCGACUGCGCUCUCGCCUUACAAGAACGUUGUCAGCGCCUUGACCAAUGCCCAAGGCUUCCUGGCUAUGGCUCCUGCGAUCGGAGCCAUUGCUCCCAACGACGAUGGUCGUCUUGUUCUCCAGGUUUCGGGUGCCGCUCAGGUCACUGACGAUGCCACGGAGUCUUUGAGUGUCAUCAACGACUACGCCGCCAUUCUCUCGGCCACCUCGACGCUCGCUAGCCUCAACGAAGACUUCACCGUCGUUCUCUCUGCCGACCGCGAGGAGUCAACGGAGGUGGCCGCGGCCUGCUACGCUCCUGGCGCAAAGGGAAACGUCGCUCACGUCUUUGACGGCGCCUUUGCUGGCCGCCAGAUUGCUCGCCUCGAGACGCCUGCCGUUGUGCCUGCCAACUCGAUCGUGGAUGCUUCGCCCGCGCGCACCGUCACUGAGGCCCUCCACGCCAAGGGCUUCACCAGCUUUGUCUACGAAGGCCCCAAGUCUCCCAAGACGCUGAUCGUCGUGCCUAACGGAUCUCACUUCACCGCAGCCAAGGCUGUCAUGCUUGCGAGCCAGUUUGACGCCAGCAAGUUCGGUGACUCAGUUGGCAUCCUCGCUGUGCGCAUCCUUCGUCCUUGGAGCAACGAAGAGUUCGCCAAGCAGAUUCCCCAGUCGGUGGAGCACAUUCACGUCGUCGACGAGGUACGCUCCGCGCCCGGCGCGGCUCGCGUCCUGUUCGAAGACGUUCAGGCAAGCCUCUCUGGCAAGCAGACGCCUACUGUUCAAGCCCUCUCCUUCCAAGCGGGUCAGGCGCUGAGUGGCGCUGAAUGGUACGGCCUGCUGGAAAGCGCUGCUUCCACCAGCCAGCUCAACUUGGAAACAAUCAUUGAGGGCGUUCAGAACAAGCCCUCGCCUUCGCUUACGCUGACUAGCAAGCUGGCCUCCUUCUUCGACUCCGACUCGUCGGCUACUGCGCAGGUGGCCAACUUGGCUUCCCGCACCUUCCGAGAGAGGGCGACCAGUGGCCAGUGUGCCCGCCUUCUCUCGCGCUUCGACAAUUUCGAAGCUGGUGGCGUGGUCCGCAGCGACGUUAUCUUCGCCCCUGCCGGCGAUGCACAGAAGGUCGAAGCAGUGCCACUGCCCCUCGCUGCUCAGUCGCAAGGUACCCACACUCUCGUCGUUGGUGAUCCUGCUUCCAUCUUGAAGGCGUACAACGUCUUUGACUCGUUGGCCCCCGGUGGAACCGUCAUCGUCAACUCGCCGGGCUGGGAUGGUGCAGAGUUCGGCGCCAAGUUGCGUGCUGAAGACAGGCGUCUUCUUGCCGAGCGCAACGCCCGCAUCUACCUCGUUGAUGCCAAUGCCGUCGUCGAGAGGCUGCACGAUGCCACUGCAAAGGCUCUGGGAGGCAAGCAGAAGGUCAACAACCAGCUUCCCAAGGAAGCAGCCUCCGGUGUUCUCGUCGCCAUCUUCCUCAGGCAGCACUUCAAUGUGGGCGCUCCUGUCAUCAAGGGCCUCUUGCAGCGUGUCCUCGGCACCGCUCCUCUGGGUGUUGGUGGUGUCUCGGGCCUCGUUGACGAGGCUGAGCGCGGCACGCAGCUCGUCGCGUUCGCCAAGGCCGACUGGGCCAAAGCCGAACCCGUUUCUGAAGUCGAAGUCAACGCCCCUUCGCGCCCUACUGCGUUCCGCUACAACGGCUUUGGGCCAAGCGUCGACGCGGCCGCGGUCGGUCUGGAGCCUGCCCCUGUGCGCUCGACCUGGGCUCUGCCCGCGUGGGAGCUCAUGUUCCGAGAAGCCUACCACCUCGAUGACGCCUCCCUGCGGCCGGACCUCCCCGAGGAGAACUGGGUGCUCAAGGUGACGGAGAACCGCCGAUUGACGCCAGUGGAUUACGAGCGUAAUGUCUUCCAUCUCGAGUUCUCGACGAAGGGCACCAACCUCAAGUACGAGGUUGGCGAGGCACUGGGCAUCCAUGGCCACAACGAUGCGCAAGAGGUCCGUGACUUUAUCGCCUGGAGCGGCUACGACGCCGAUGAGAUCGUCAGUGUGCCCUCGCUGCAAGACCCGAGCCGGUACGAGUCCAGGACAGUCUUCCAGCUCCUCCAACAGCGUCUGGACAUUUUCGGCAAGCCGCCCAAGCGCUUCUAUGAGGCUCUUUCCAAGCUCGCUACAAACAAGGACGAGGCCAAGUGGUUGCGCUUCAUCUCGUCGGCAGAGGGCCAGUCCACCUUCAAGAAGCUCGCAGAAGUCGAGACGGUCACGUACGCCGAUGUGCUCAGGAUGUUCCCGUCGGCCCGCCUGCCUCUCGACCACCUCAUGAGCGAGGUGGAAGCGAUUAAGCCUCGCCACUACUCUAUUGCGAGUGCACAGUCGUUUGUCGGUGACGUCGUCCACCUACUCAUCGUCACGGUCGACUGGCGUACCCCCUCGGGCUCGCCCCGCUACGGCCAGUGCACGCGUUACCUUGCCAACCUCGCCGUCGGCGACAGUGUCACCGUUUCGCUCAAGCCGUCUGUCAUGAAGCUGCCUCCCCACACGACGCAGCCCAUCAUCAUGAGCGGUCUCGGCACGGGAGCCGCGCCGUUCCGUGCCUACAUCCAGGCUCGCGCUGUCCAGAAGCGCGAAGGCAAGAACGUCGGUCCCCUGAUCUACAUCUUUGGAUCCCGCCACAAGUCCAAGGAGUACCUCUACGGCGAGGAGCUCGAGGCCUACGAGGCCGACGGCCUCGUCAAGGUCCUCACCGCUUUCAGUCGUGACCAGAAGGACAAGAUCUACAUCCAGCACCGCAUCGAGCAGAACCAGCAGGAGAUUCUCGACUUGCUGAUGCCGUCCGACAAGGCCGACGAGGUCCAGGGCAUGUUUACGCUCUGUGGACCGACAGACCCGCUGCCGGACGUGCAGGAGGCUCUCAUCAAGGGCUACAUUAACAAGACGGGCAAGACGCACGAGGAUGGCGAGGCCUGGCUCGAAGAGCUCAAGGAGAAGGAAAUGGCCGUCUACGAGGUCUACUAGAUUGCAUGCCUGUCUGCUACACUUUGUCCUUUUGCCAAAAUUAGAUGUAGAGCUUCGAGAUCUGUCAUUAGGUCUGCAGAUUGUCAGAGAUGGGUCAAUUCGCUUCUUUGAUCUGAUUGAGAGCUGAGCUGGUCGGAUGAGUAGGUAGUACACAUGAGGCUUGAUGAGAGAGAGAGACUGAGAACGAGAGAUGAAAAGAGAAGAAUGCGAUGCGAGGGAUGGGUAAGGGUGAAGCUUGAUCGAUGAUGGUGGAAAGGUCCCGGAGUUGUGAAAGAGACAUGGGUCGGAAAAAGGUUGCUUGCAGGAUGGUAAAAGACGGAAAAAGGUAUCGCA